CCAGUAAAAAUAACAUAUUCAGAAUAUUGUAUGAGAAACAAGAACAAAAUCUUUCCUCUUUCAACAAGCAACAACAACAAAGAAACUGUUGUAGGACGAGAAAGAUUAUAUUCUAGUGAAAAUAUAUCACAAGAGAGUGGAUGGCAUGGAGACAAUUAUUCAAAUAUCACACGAGAGAGAAAACAUCAAAACUUAGAAGUUAGAUAUGGUGAAAUGGGCAGAAAAAGAAAUCUUUCCAAAGAAAUGACUCUAGAAAUUGAGCAGACAAGCAGCAAGGAAAGUAAGCGCAGCAAAUUUGAUGUUGACGAGAAGGGUAAAGUUGUGCCAGUUAAAGAAAAUGCUGCAAAAAUACCACCAAGGAUUCUGGAUGAGAGUAAAACAAACAAAUGUAAAAAUUCAGGAAAAAGGCACGGCAAACAAAGAGAUCCUUUGGAAGAAAUUAAAAAACUGAAGAAGUUCAUAGAGGAUUUAAAACGCACAAAUGAAAAGGCCUUGACAAAAGAGAUUGCAAGAAGAUUGAAAGUGGAAACUGUUUCAAAGAAAAGAGAAAUUGUUUUGGCACACAUUUUAGAACAAAACCAGAAACUAAAGAGUCAGGUAAAGGAAAGUGAUAUUGCACUCACAUUAAUUGAAAGGGAGAGGGAAAGGGUUAAUCAGCUCUUGUUGGAGAAUGAACGCGCACUAGUUGAAGCUGCAAGAACAAAGGAAAAGUUCUCCAGAAGCGCAGAGGAAAAAGACAAAGCUCUGGAGAACAAUAAAAAAGAACUAGAGGAUUUGCAAAUGGAUUUAAAAAGAAAGGAAAAAACUCAUGAAAAUGAAAUUGAGAAGUAUAAGACUGAUGUUUCAAGUAUGGAGAAGGAAGUAGGUACAUUGAAAUUAUGUUUGGCAAAGAGGGAGGAAUUAUAUGAAAAGGAUUUUGCAGCCGCCAAUGAAAUAAUCAAAGAGAAAAAGAAAGCUUUGGAAAAUUUACAAAGUGAAAAAAGCUGGCUGUGUGGAGAAAUCAGAAAUAGGGGAGAAGAAUUCCUGUCAGUGAAAGAAGUGAUAAUGAAGCUCCGAAAUUCCUUAAUAGAGCAGAGGAAAAAACUUUCUGUUUACCAGGUAGGAAAGAGUCAAGAAUAUGAGGAAAUGACAAAUAGCCUAAUAGAGAAUAUAAUUACAGAAGAGGAAAAAAGUCUCUGUGGAGAAAAACAGAGUGCCCAGGCACUGAGUCUGGAGGAAGCAAUUGGUAGUCUUGAUUGCAUCAUAUGGGACAUCAAGGGUCAGCUUACAUCAUUAAUAGAGGAGUUGUCUAAAAUAGAUGCAUAUAAAUUGAAGCUGAUACAAGAUAUGAUGGGAGAGAAAGAGAGUCUACAGAAUGCUGCAAAGCUACAACAGGAAAAGUUAAAUGAGACUGUUGCAGAACAUGAAAACUGUAGAACAGAAAUAGAGGUCUUAAGUGAGUCACUAGCUCUUGAGGUAGAGAAGUCAAAAAAAGUGUUGGAAGAAGCACAAAAGAAGAUGGAACAAAAGGAACAGGAGGCAGAGACUCUCACUAAAUUGAAAGAACACUUAGAAGCAGAUCUAGAAGCAAACAAAAAACAUUACACAUUACUGAUUGAAAAGGAAAGUUAUUGGAAGCAACAGCUAAGCAAUGCUCAAAACUGCAUUGAAGAACUAACUGCUGCAAAGAGCUUUCUUGCACAGCAGUUACAGGCUAUUGAUUUGUCUAAGGAACAACUCAGAAAAGAACUUAAACUUGGAAUACCUAAGCAAAAAGUGUGGAACUUAGACCAGGAACUGACAAAAUUGUGUGACUUGAAAAGACAACUGGAUGAAGAAAAGAAAAAGAGCUUGGGUGUGAGUCGCCAUUUGUUGGAGGAGAAGAACAGAAACAAAAACUUACUCCAAAAACUUGAGAGCAAAGAGAAUUUGAAAAACACAAGGGACCCAGACCAGCCAUCUCGCUGUACCAGUGAAAGUCAGACAACCAGUUCCCUUGAGGAAGAAAUGCACACCAUUUUAGAAAAUAACAGAAAAGUCCAGCUGACUUUGGAAGCUGAAAGACAGGUAUCAGAAGAUUUCUACAAAGAGCUGUUGCUAGAGAAACGAAAGAACACAUUUUUAAAUGACUGCUUCAAACAUGAGUGCACAGAAUCUUCAAAAGACAUGGAGUACCAGCUCUCCUUUUUUGCUUGGAUGGCUGACAAGUAUCGUGCCAGGAUGCGUAGAAUGGAUGAGUUGUCAAGUACAAUGCAGGAGUUUACAGAAAAUUUAGAAGACCAGUGAAAUUGUAUUAUUUCAGUAUUUAGAAAGGUAUGAAGUAUUUUUGUAACUAAUUUUGCACUAAUUAUCAAAGUUUCUAUAUUUUCAUGUGAAAGUAUGUUUGAUUUUUGUUAAGAGGAUUUUAA